GCUGGCCGCACCUCAACUUCGUAUCUAUAAGGUUAUCAAGGGUAUUUCACAUGAGUAUUAAGUAAACCAUUAAUUAAUCUCGGAUUAAAUUUUUUUUUUUUAAAAAACUGAAAAUACCUUCAAAAUACAUCCCCGACGAAAAGUUCUCGUUAAAAUGAGGUCACUCGAAGAGAUAAAGGCUCUCUCAAUUAUAGAUCCCGAACUAGAUCAAUUACUGAAAAAUGGUCUUGUAUUACCUCCAUCGUGGAACAAAGACACGGAUAUAUACGAAGUACGUGCACUUCUCUCUCGCAUAGCAGAGGCACAAAAGCAAAAAGCCUCAACCGAGCCCCAACCCUUUGAGGAGGACGAUCGGAGAAUCCCGACGAGGGAUGGUGCAUCUAUCGCGGUGCGCGUGCAUCGAUCACGGACUCAGAGCGACGACGAAGGUGGUCGUCCUGGUAUGUUGAUGUUGCAUGGUGGUGGGUAUAGUAUUGGGGAUUUGGACGCGGGAGCUCGGAUUAGUCGUGUGUUUGCGAGUCUUGGGGGCGUUGCUGUGAAUGUUGAUUUUCGGCUUGCACCCGAACAUCCGUUUCCGGGGCCAGUGGAGGAUGCAUAUGAUGCUCUGAUUUGGGUGAGUUUAUACUGUGUUUUUUUUUCUGCUUGAGAAUAUCUGCCGUCUUAAUUGUGUUAUGGGAAAAAGGGGUGAGAAAAAGAUGUUGGCCGGAAGAGCGAGGGGAAGUACAAAAAAAAAAAAAAAAAAACACAA